AUGACGCCGACAAACUACACCUCGAAACACCCCGAAUCCCUCCCCGUGCUCCUUUCGGCUCUGCGUGACCUGCAACUCACAGACCCGAAAGCGAUACGAGCCACCACCCAUCUCUACCCCUCAUCAAUGUAUGCCCCACAAGAAGGGUACCGGGAUAGGAAGAUCGUGUCGUGGAAGAUGACGGAGCACAUGUACUACAAGAAGGCACAGAUAUUUCCCACUCUUGCAAGAGGGUUGUUUACCGAAAGACUGGAAGACGGGGAUUUAAUGCCACCAGGAGUGGAGGAAGGAGAAGAACGGAUAGUGCUGAGAGGCUAUGACAAGUUCUUCAAUGUCGGGGAGCUAGCUUGGACUGAAUGGGACUCUAUGGCCAAACACACUAUCGGUCCAUACCAUCUUACACUAAAGUCCAACGGUUGCCUCAUCCUCAUCUCGGCCUUGGACCUGGAACACCUGGUGGUCGCAAGUAAGCAUUCAUUGGGAACCACUGUGGAGGGUGGACGGCGAGGAGAACAGAGGGGCAAUGUUGCCCAGAAAGUAGAAGCAAAUGAAACGAGUGUCGAGAAGAGCCUUAAGGCUCUGGACAUCUCAGAAUCCGCCGAGAGCGAGCAAGCAACACCAUAUUCCGCCGAGGCUGACGUCGCAACGGAUUACGAUAAUGGUCCUUCGAAAUCGGCUCAGAAGAGAGCCGCGAAGACUGCUCAGAAGGAGGCGAUUCGGUCCCAGAAGGAAGCUGCUGCUGCCGCCCGCGCCAAAGCACAAGAAGCCGCUCGAUCCGGUAUACCAGCGCGCGCACGAGAAGAGGCCAAAGAACACGAAGAAGCCUUGCAGCACGCAGAAGUCGGGAGACAAUGGCUGAAGAAGACUUUGGAGAGGAGCGGAAAGACGGAGAAGGAGCUUGCGAGGAAGCUGUGGGAAGGAAAUAUGACUGCUGUGUUGGAGCUUUGUGAUGAUUCUUUUGAAGAACACGUCAUUGCUACGCCCGAGCACUGGACGGGUCUGCAUCUUCACGGCCUGAAUCUCAACACGCCCCAUUUCGCCACCCUCCCUCCCGAAAGCGUCUCUAGUAUCGCCCAAGAAUUUGGUUUUAUUGAGACCAAGUAUCUCACUAUGGAUACUCUUGAGGAAGUGAAGACUUGGACGGAUGAACUCGCCAAGACAGGGAGCUGGGAGGGGGAUAUGAUCGAAGGAUUCGUUGUGCGUGCUACAGUCAAAGAUGUGCCACAUGACAGAGGUUCCCCGCCAUACAAGCCCGACGCUCCCUUCUUCUUCAAAGUCAAAUUCGAAGAACCCUAUCUACUCUACCGGCAGUUCCGUGAACUCACUCGCGUUCUCUUACCGCUCGCCUCGCCCGACAUCAAGCCAGCCGAAAAGGAGGCUGUCUGGCAAGCAGCCCGUGCCAAGUCGAAGAGGGCCGAACUGAAGGUGUACGCCCAGUGGGCAGCGAGCAUGAUGGAACAAGAGCCCACGCUGUUUGAUGACUAUAAUAAAGGCGUCGUGAGGGUCAGGGAGAGGUUCCUGGCUUGGACUGAAGGAGAGGGGAAGUCCAAGUGGAUAGCAGCGAGGGAGGGGAAAGUUGACAAGGUUGAGAGGAAGAAUGCGAAAGAGGGCUUGCCGAAGAAGUGGAUCAUUGUCCCCAUUGCUGUUCCAGGUUGUGGCAAAACUUUCAUUGGCAACGCUCUUGCCAGUAUCUAUGGCAUCGGACACACUCAAAGCGACGACGUGACCACCAAACGCUCUGCUCCCGCUUUCAUCCAAAGCAUCACGUCCCUCCUUCUCUCUUCCCCCUCCAACAUCGUUUUCGCCGACAGGUGCAAUCAUAUCGCCGAUCACUACCGCCAGCUCGCCGCCAUCGCCUCUGACCGCAAGCUUGCUAAAUACGAUGUGCGCCUUAUAGGUGUGACCUGGGGCUUGGACGAGAUACCUUAUUACAAGGUCCUCAGGGUUCUGAGCGAUAGGAUCGUGGCCAGGGGAGACAACCAUCAGACUCUGAGGCCGGAUCUGAGUGUAGAAGCGGAACAUGAGGCCAUUGUAGGAAGGUUCAUGAGAAAUUACGCUCCAGCGGAUCCCGAGAUCUUUGAGACCUUCAUACAACUCUCCGUUCUCGACAAUGCCAGGGAAAGUCUGGGAAAGGUCAUUGAGGGGCUGGAGAAGAUCAUCUGUUUGCCCAAACCUAGUGAGGAGCAGGUCCUGGCAGGCAUCCAAGCCGCUGAACAAUAUCGCGUGACUACGCCGUACCACCCUGCACCAAAGCUCAGCAAGCCUACCCGGUUCUACUCUCUCCAGCUUGAGAUCGACCUCUGGGAAUUUGCCAGUCGAGCUAUCACCUCUCUAUCACAUGGCCAGACGUCACAAAACGGUGCAAAGGCAUUCCUCGAUGACCUCAGGCGAGACCAACGCAUCACUUCACGUCCUCAUGUGACUCUCUCACACGAGACAAACGUCAAAGCCGAAAGACUCGAGGGAGGGCGAGCUGCAGAGGAUGGAACGCCGCUUGAGACCGGACAAGACGCGGGGCUGGAAGAGACCAUGUGGGAGACGUGCAAAACAGUCUUGACUUCAGACUAUCCGACGUUGUAUGAUUACGCGUUGAGCUACUUGGUGUGGGAUGACAGAAUGAUGGCGUUUAUGCUGGACGACCUUCAGCCUGCUUCUGCUUCCUCUACCGAAAGGACUGCGGACGACUCCCACCACAUCGGCAAGAUCCUUCCACCUACCGCUCGUCGUGACCUGCACGUCACCGUUGGUACCGUCAGCCAAGAGGUCAACCCCUUCGAAAGCCGCCUGCUUGUGAGGCAGUUGAGAGAUAAGAUGGAGCGGGGCGAGGAGAUUGGGGAAAGUGGGGAAGGAGAGCAGGUCGCGGACGGCGGUGGAAAGGUCAGAUGGUUGAGGAUCCAGGGGCUGAGAGGGCAGGGACGACUGCGAGCGAUGGGGUAG